GAACGUUUGGAUCGAUAGGUCUAAUAGUCAGUUGAAAGCCCUUCUGGCCCAGUAUAAGUGUUAGGAAGUGUGAAAUGUAAAAUUAUAAACAAGAACAUAAUAAAAGUGAUGGGAUUAGGGUAAAUUUGAAACAAGUAGUUUUUUAAAAACCCUAAUGUGAAGUCCCGUCCAUUUUUGGCGCAGUCGUACGGAACACUCUACGUGCAGUGCUAGUUUUUGGAAGACAAUCUAGUGACAAAACCCGAUCCGUGGUAAUUGGACAGUAGUGCGAAAACCGAAAAUUAGUGUCGAAUUGACGACAUCGGACGUGCCGGUAACCAAGGACUAAAAGUGUAACUGACUUGCGCAGGAUUCAGCAUUAAGUAGACGCUUAGCCCAACCCGUGGCGAAGCAAGAAACUAGUGACUAUCUCCAGUGAUCAUCAGGAACCAGGCUCUUGGAAACCAUCCCUCAACCCGUAGGUGAUUUGCGCCGCCCGACACGAAAACUGCAUCGGUGGGUUUCAACCCUUUAAGAGUGUCGAACCCUCGAAGAUGACACACAAACACCCGAUACUUUUUUGUCUUACAAUUAUGAUGUUUUUCAAUCCUAUUUACUCUGCUUACUUGGAAAUCCUUGAACUUAAUGAAAAUCCCGGUAUAGUUGCGUUCAAGACUAAUUCAGUCUUUAUAAAAGAAGGAUCUCACACACUAUUCCAUAGAUUUAAUUUAUUUUCCUUUACCGUCGUUCUCAAGCAGUAUGAAUCCAUUAUUUUGAACAUUGAAGAAAACCCAAAGAUAGCAGAACUAGUUAAAAUUCUUAAACAAAAGCAGAGUCAGGCUUAUUUUAUCCUUGAAAAUUUAACCGCUAGAAGUAGAAAAACAAAACGAUCUCUUAAUUUUCUUGGGUCCACCUUAAAAAUGAUUACAGGGAAUCUCGAUAAUGAAGAUUUGUUAAAAAUAGAAAACCAACUUGAAAUUCUUAAAAAUUCAAAUAACCUUUUAGUAACAGAGAAUAAUGAACAAAUUCAAAUUAAUAAAUUGUUUGAGGAAAGGAUUAACAAUAUUACUAAACAAGCUUAUAGACAGUCUAGGGAAAUAGAUAGCAUCAUUAAACAGACAAGACUGAGCUUAGACAGACCUGUCGAAUGGGAACAUCUCCUGCACCUACACAACAUCAUCUUCAACAUCGACAUGAUCAACCAGCAGCUGUCUACAAUUUUCGAGGCCAUUCAGUUGUCCAAGUUGGGUUUAAUUUCAAAGGCUUUCUUACAACCAUCAGAGCUAGAAUUUGCAACGAAUCUGUUGGAGUCACAAGGCGUGGUGAUUAACAGCUAUGACCAAGUUUAUGAGUUUUUGGAACCCAUAGCAUUCCACAAUAACUCAGACAUAAUCCUACUCAUAAAAAUUCCUAAAUUCAGGCAAGGAGAAUUUGUGCAACUCCAAAUAGAAGCCAUUCCACGACAGUUUAAAAUCAUACCGAUAAAUGCAACAAAAGCCAUUGUUGGUAACAAUGAGUCUUACCUAAUUUCCCAUCCAUGCAUGAACAUCGAGCGUAGCAUCAUCUGCGACGUCCAGAUCUUGUUUAACACUUCAAAUGACGGAUGUUUACAUGAGUUACUAAGAGGAAAUACGGGUAACUGUACCUUCAUUAGAUCUCCAAUGAAACCUGACACAAAGGAAAUCGAGAAUCUCGGACUGUUAGUUAAAAACUCUGUUGAUCCGACUUCGAUGCAAAACAGUUGUGGAUAUGGUCCGAGGAAUUUAACAGGAACGUUUCUCAUAUCAUUUAGAGAUUGUUCCAUCACCCUCAACGGAAAAACCUUUACCAGCAAAACAUUCAGAGGAGAAUCCAGACCUGUCAUCUUACCCCUACAUUCAGUUAGCGUAGAUGAGUCACAGACAGAACCAGAAUCCAUUGACUAUAUGGAACAACUGCACAUUAGGAAUCGUCAUAAGCUGGAGCACUUAGAAACAGCAAACAAAAGGACUAAAGUGCUCAACAUAGUAGGAAUAGUUCUCAUCACAUGCUUCGUAGCAGUAAUUUUCGCUUUUCUUACGAGAGAAGUUCGUAAACUCAAAAUGAAGCUGACAAUACGGAUCCCUGCAAACAAUGCGUUGGAAAGCUCUCAAACAAUAUUGAACCGAGACGGUUCAAACUAAGGCGGGGGAAGUUAUGGACAUCCCUAGGCUCUACCCACGAUGUUCAGGUAUCCGCCUAUCGUGGACUAGAUGCUGACAAAGCAGUAUCACCCUUGGAGACACUGAGCAUAACCCCCAUACCAGAAUACCCUUUGGACUCCGAGCAUAUUGAUGACACGAUAAAUCGAUACCGGCGCACAGUAACACCAACCAUCCAACGCAACCCAGAACAACCAGGCCAGUUGCCAUCCGGUGAACUUUUGCU